UCGCUCGCAUAACAGUGACGAUCAACAAUCGGAUUUAGACGGAUGCUCGUUCGCUCGACCGCGCGGAGAAGUAGAAUAGGAGAAGUGCUAAUAAUGUGAUUACGCAUAGAACCUUCAGGACUUCAAACGAUCGUUGCACGAUAGUGUGUAGUCUUAUGAGCGAUCGAUUCAAUUAGCAGUGGAAUCGCUCAUCGAAUUCAUUCAUCAUCUUCGUUGCCGUCACACUGGACACUGUCGGUGGUAUUGGUGCUUCGUACUCAAGACGUGAUCGAGGGUACGAUUUUCAGAAAGACGAAAAACCGGUUAAAGCUGUUGUGCCGUGAUCUCUACCUGAAGGAAGAGUGGUACUAAUCGUGUCGGGCUUCAAGAAGAUAGCCACCAUAUCUAUCAAACCAGGAAGUACUUGUCCAGUGGUGCAGCUAGACCAAACCAGACCAUCGAUCGCGUUUUGAUCGAUGCGGUGUGAGUGUGUGUUGUGAAAAUCCCCGCAGCAAAAUGACGACCGUCCGAGGGUGUCAGUUUCUGCCGUGGACGGUGGCGUUUGCCUUGAUCACUCUUGCAGUGACUCAGUCGGAGAUAUCGAUCACAGAAAUCCCAAAGAGCAGUCUUUACGAUAGUUCACAGCAGUUUGCGCUCAACUUUUUCAAGAAUGUCAGUCGAAUCGUUGACUCCGAUCCAAACGUGACGACCACCAAUAUCAUAGUGUCCCCGCUGUCGGUUUGGAGUCUACUGGCAUUGGUCACCGAAGGAGCUGGUGGAAAUACUUUGAGCGAGUUACUACGCGUUUUGAAUGUGCGUGAUCAGAAUGAGAUCAAGUAUAAUUAUAGAAAGCUCCAGGAAACGAUCAAUGUCAACACAAGUGAAGUAAAGAUUUCACCAAGUCAGUUCAUCUUCACCGAUAUCAAUCGCCCUGUACACCGAGACUUCGACAAUAAUAUUGAUCGAUACUAUGGAAAGGAACUGUUGGAAGCUCUGGAUUUCAGCAGCUCUAAUGAGGCGAUCAAGCAAAGUUAUGAUCGUAUCAAUCAAGUUGUUGCCAGUGCAACCGAGGGGCAGAUCAUGAAGGCGAUCCAUCCAACCGAUAUUGUCCAGGCGAGGAUGGUGAUUUUAUCGGUUCUGUUUUUCCAGGGAGAAUGGACGCUUCCAUUCAAUCGAACUUUAACGACACCAACUCUCUUCUACGAUGAGAACGAACGAAUUGUUGGUAACGUUCAAAUGAUGUACCAGAAGGCAGUAUUUCCGUUUGCUGCUUUCCGCGAACUGGAAGCACAGAUUGUGGAGCUUCCCUAUGGUAGCGAUCGCCAUUUGAGUAUGAUGCUGAUUCUACCUCGGAAGGGUGUUCCGCUACAGGCCGUCAUUAGUCGUUUGGCUGAUUUUAACAUGGAGACAAUCUACCAGGAACUGAAACAGGCUGCAAUAGAGUACGAAGAUGACGAGGUGGAGGUUUAUUUGCCGCGGUUUGAAAUCACGGCUGAUUACACUUUGAUACCGGUGCUGAAAGAAAUGGGUAUCCGUGAUGCAUUAAACAAGGACACGGCCAAUUUCAACAAGAUAGCCAAUGACAUCUUUCUAGGAUCGGUGAUUCAAAAAUGCAAAAUCAUCGUAAACGAGGAAGGAACAACGGCGGCGGCAGUAACGGCUGCUGUGUUUGCUAACAAAGCUACCCCACCACGAUUUUUCGCAAAUCGACCAUUUGCCUUCCUGAUAGUGGAUAAACGAUAUGAUCUGAUACUUUUUAUGGGGCAAGUGAAGGACCCCCAUUCGAUUUAGACUGGUGUUACAAUAGACAAUACACAGACCCAAUAAAACGAAAAACAUCUUUCGGUUGAAAUGAGAUAA